CGCGCGGCGGGGCGGGAGGUGCGAAGCGGCGCCCCGGGGCGAUGGCGGGCAGCGCUCGGUCCGACCGCCUCGCUCCCGCCUGCCCACAUGGCUCGGGAGCGGGCGCUCGUAGGGAGCCAGGUGCUUUCAUGAGGAUGUCGGCGCUGCAGAGCGACUCCCGUGCUAUGGCGGCGGGCGGAGCAGUGUCUAAAAGCAGGCAGAGAGGAAAAAGAAUCGUGAAGUCUCGCUACAUGCAGUGCCAUGAGAAAAACGCCAAGAAGGAUACUUCAAAUUCUUUUUCAAUGUCUACUGAGAAAUCAUCUUCUGCGACUGAAUCAAGAUCAGUUCUUCCUCAGAAAUGUAAAACUUCUGCUGGUGUUGUCCAUGGCUCAUUAAAUCAGAGUUGUUCUGAGAAAGGUGACUUGCAGUCCACUUUAUUAGAUGGAGAUAAAGUUAGUCUACCGGACUUUGAUAUUUCAGCUAUUUCUGAUAAAACUGUCUGCAAAAAGACUCCUGCUUGCAAAGAAGAUAGACACACACGUGAAGAAGACAAAACAGGGGAAGAGGAUUAUGAUGAUCUGAUGAAACAGCUGGAAUCUCAGACACUGCUUUUAACUUACCUAAGAGUAAAGGCAGGAAAAAAUCUUGCUGAGCUGGAGAAAAAAGCAGAAAAUAACUUGAUAACAUUGUGUGAAGAAAAGGAGAGACAACAGGAGAAGCUCCGCGAGUUGAAGCGUGAAAUUCUACUCAAAGAGAGAGAACAGAAGCUUGAUGAGGCAUUAGACAAACAGAUGGAAGUACUUUCUCCCCUUGUUCCUGUUUGUGAAAAGUUUAAAGAGCAAUAUAAAAGCUUUGCAGUUUCCCUGGAUGCCACUAGACAUGAAUUACCCAUAAAGAAUAUUCACAUAGAAGGAGAUAUGCUAACAUACCUUGAUGAACUACAAAAGCAGUUAACUAUCACACAAGAACUUCUGACAGAAGUUAUGCCAAGCUACUCAGAAGAAAGUGCAAAAGCAUGUAGUGCACUGAAAGAGCUUAAAGAAACAUCUCAGAAACUGGAUAAAGACCUUCAAAGGAGCUUCACACAAGUGCAGAACCUGUCGUUUGAAGUUAGUAAAGAAGUUUCUCUGCAUAACCAAAGAAUAUGUGAAGAGAAUCAUGGACUAGAUGUUGUGAAACACUGGUACUUCAACUAAGUUUGUGUAUUGUUUUACUAAUGGGUGGGUACUAAAUCAGUGCCAGCAGACUUGUUACCUUUUUACUUCUUCUAUGAACAUACAUACCAGAACGUGAAAACAGCAGCAUGUAUGCUUACUAAUAUAGAAGUGGAGUUUUCUUCUACAUGCUGUCCCAUAGGAGACAUAAUUUUUUUUUUAACAUGAAUUUCUAUGACACCUUUCUCAUCACUUUCUGCCGUGACAGUACUGAAAGGUAAAUAAUAAGAAACGAUUUUCUUAGCAUAUACAACCUAUGUAUUCUUAAACUUCUUGGUUUAUUUUCUUGGAACUGACUUUUAGUGCAGUGAUUUGCAUCUCUUUCCAAAGUGGUUUUCCUUAGAGGGCGACAUACCAGAACAUAGAUGUGGAAUUGUGUAUGUGGUACUGUGUGUUUGCUGAUCUCAUCAGGAGGAUCUGUAGGAAUGUACAGCAUGAUUAUUCAUCACUCAGUGUACAAGUUCUGGAGGAACUCUUAAUUGUCCCUUAUUUCUGGAUUUGCUGAGAGGAAAUGUGAAGUUGCGAGUAAUGAGGCUGAUGAUUGGAAGGACCCCGGUCACCUGUAACAAGUGAAAAGUUUUGGUAACUUGUUGCCUAAUUGUCUUGGAAACAAAUUAUUAAAAUCAUAAAUGCUUUUGUAUUAACCUGACACCUUCUCUUUAAGGACUUUAUUUUUUUUAAUAAUAAAGACUACUGCAAUAUCAAUAGCCU